AUGGACUGGAACAAUCUGCUCUCCAAGGCCGCCUCCAUCAUCCCCAAAUUCCCCGACAAGCUCGUGGACUGGCUUGUCUCCCUCUUCCAGUCCGAGUACUCCCUCAUCCGCGGCCUCGAAGACGAGAUCGACAAGCUCCGAAGAACCAUCCCUUUGCUCUCUCCUUUUCAUCCUCGCCUCGCCAUGGACUGGAACAAUCUGCUCUCCAAGGCCGCCUCCAUCAUCCCCAAAUUCCCCGACAAGCUCGUGGACUGGCUUGUCUCCCUCUUCCAGUCCGAGUACUCCCUCAUCCGCGGCCUCGAAGACGAGAUCGACAAGCUCCGAAGAACCCGCGACCGGAUCCACUCCCUCGUCACCGACGCCGAGGAGCGCCGCUACAUCGAGGACGACUCCGUCAAGCGCUGGCUCCGCGAACUCAAAGAGGUCGCCUUCGCCGCCGACGAACUCCUCGAUCGCCACCAGACACAGCUCAAUCUCUCCCCCAUCGACCAGAGCAGCGGCGAGGCCGGCCCAUCCCGCAAGCGGAAGCGCUCCUGGUCUCUCCAUUCCCUGGGCCUCGGCCAUGACCCGGUUCUUCUCCAGCGCCGGAGACUGGCGACCCAGAUAGCCAAGAUCAAGGAGAGGUUCGACGAGAUCGCCGAAGCCCGGAAGAAUCUCCCUCUGGAGGCCGGAGACGGGAGGAGAAGGGGGCGAACGGGAGAAAGCUCGCCCCCUUCUCAAUCCGUGGCCUCUUAUGACAGCUCACAUGUCGUCCGCCGAGAAGUUGAGAAGGCAGAGACUGUUAGCGCAUUGAUGUCGGAUCAUGGAAAAGUCGUCCCCGUUCUUCCGAUCUAUGGAGCUCCUGGAAUCGGUCAGACCACUCUUGCUAAAUUAGUCUACCAUGACGCUCAAGUGAAAAUUUUUUUCGAUUUGAGGGUUUGGGUUGGUUUGUCCAAAGGAUUUGAUGUGAGAAGGGUUACGAAAGAGAUUAUAGAAUACAUAGGCCGCGAGGAGAAAUGUAAUAUAUCCAGCUUGGACGCUCUGCUGCGUCACCUGAGCUGCAAGGUGAGUGGGAAAAAGUUCUUGCUGGUGCUGGAUAACUUGUGGGCUGAGAAUUUCCAGUUCUCGGAGACGCUGCGGCUUCCAUUGGUGGCUGGAGGAAAGGAAAGUAAUGUAUUGAUUACAGCCAUAGCCCGCCUUUUAUAA